CCGAACCAGAAGGAACUCUUCGAAUUCCACUUUUAAAAGUUAUCUUUUUAUAUUAUCAUAUUUAAAUUUUCAAAUUUAGAAAAUUUUAUAUCGAAAUGAGAGUGUUGUGUGUAGUUUUGGUAGUCGCCGUUGUGGCCUGCAGAGCAGCUCCAGGUACAACAAGCGAAGAUGAUGGAAGGAUAGAGUUAUUCUCUGGGGUUGCUAUAGAAAGAGAUCCGUCCGGUGAAGAUAAAUUAAAUGUCAAAUUUGAACCUGGAGAACUGAGGGAGGCAGCUAGAACUUUUGAAGAAGCUCGCGGUAAAAUCAAAAAGUACACGCCUCUACUGGCUGGUAUUGGUGUUAAAGUAAUCGCGGUGCUCGGCAUCUUGUUUGGAGGUCUCACGCUGCUGGUCACCAAGGCUUUGGUGAUGGCGAAGCUGGCAUUCGUGGCUGCUGCAGCAUUGGGCAUUCAGAAACUGCUCAGCGGUGGUGGACUGAACAACAUUAGUGGAAAGAUUGCUGGUUUCCAAUCAUCACCGCAACAAUGGUCAUCACCUACAGCAUCAGCUGGGUCUUACCCCUACGCGAGAUCUUCGAGCAUAGCACAGGAUGCAAACGACUUAGCCUACAAAGCUCAGAUAGCUUCAUAAAUAUUUUUACUAAGUUUUAGUUACAACAUCACUACUACAGUAUUUUUGGUACACAUGCCAUAAAAUGAAAACGUUAUAUUUUUGUAAUUAUAUAAUAUUUUGUAUUAAUAAUUUAUAUCUCUCAUUAUUAAAUUUACAGGGUACAGAGGAAUAACACCUUAGUCCUCGGGAAUAGCAAAGCAUGGGGAGUAUCAUGGGCGAAACAGUA